AACACAUCCACUGUACAAUUUCUCCACACCGGGCAAACACUAUUGUCGUACCCUGAUUUCGCCAUGGCUGCUAACGACUUUGAGAACGGUUUACGAAAAUACGAAAGAAAUGCUGUUUGCGUUUGCUGUUUCAAGCUCCCAGACCCCGAGGACGAAGGCUUCCACUGGGCGAUCACUGUCUGCAACAACGCGGAAGAAUACAGCUUCUACCUUUUUCAUGCUACUAAUCCAACCAACUCUGCAGCACGAUGGGAAUAUCGAUGUACCAACUACCCACUACGCAGAUCACAGGCGUUGAAAUCCGUGAACGAGAUAGGAUUUUUGUCGCAGGGCUGGACUGCAGAUCUUCUCAAGCGCGAACUCGCUGUGAUCCCACUUGACGUUGAAGCAAGCGAUGGUGUACCACCUAACAGAUUUAGUUGUCGCAUAUGGGUCCAACGUGCACUCCAGCACAUAUCGCGCAAACGUAUAGUGCUAUUCAGAGGAUCUCAGACUUUUCUCAAUGUAGAAAGGAUUAUGAAUGAAUGCUCAGAGGCCGCCGGCGAAGCCAAGUUUAGCGGCCAGCUUGUGCAGCGACGCUCCGGCUGUCACACCAGUAACACCGAAAUGCGUGUUCAAACUGACAUCGCGCUACCGCACGGAGUACAGUUUCGGGCACUAUAAACAUCACUGGAGCGGCAUUUUAGUCACAUAUCGAUAUGCCUGCAUUCUUAUUUCCCUUCUCUGAUUGUAUCUCCUACAUAGCUUGUGUUUUGUGCUCC